CGAGCAUAGUGCGGUUCCGCUAUGGGAGGGCUGUAACAUAAUUGCUCCUUGUUAUAUUUUUUUGGGGGGAGGGAAAUGCCUACCAUUCCACUCACUCACUCACCACUCUUUCCCAGCACGUCAAAGAAAAUCAAUGGACGGUCAUCUAUACAUUUGAAAAAAAAAUGACAUUCUAAUUCUAUGGAUUGUUCUCUUUGCAACAACAACAAAAACACAUGGGCGCUGCGGUGCUUUUUUUCACAGGUUUGAGGUCGGCAGUUGGUAACAUUGGAGACGGUGUCACAUGUAACAUCGCCCCACACUGGAUGAUAAUAAAGCAACCUGCAAAGCGCUGCGCUGCGCUGUGCCACUUGUGCGUUGGGGGGUUCUGGCUACACGGUGAUACCAAGAGCCACAAGCUGUGUGGACUUGCAGCUCAGCGCACACGCGUGACCAGCUCAGCGCAGAGAGGUUCUAUCGCCUCUCCGGAUGGAAGAAGCCACCACCCAUGCCCUGCUCGCAGCCGCGAUGGUGCUGAAAGGGACAGCGCAAUUCCCUCCGGCGGGAUGACAAUCGCCGCCUUCGCACACACGCGGCUCUCCCUCUCUCUCUCAUCCCGCAUCAUCAACAACAAUGCCAGCCACCCUGCGGUCCCCCCCCCGCCACUCCACCCAACCCCAACAAAUGGAAGAAACCCCCCCCCCCCCCCUUCAGCAAACGCUUCUGUUGGCGUUAAUUCGGCGUAACAAGAGCCCGAGUCGUCGUCCAUCUCAAACGGACGCCGCAGCCGCUGCGACGCAACGAGACGAGCAAUGAACACGCAGGCGUCCUUCUAAGUUCCGUUGAUCACUCUUCCUACCGCCGCGUUGUUUUCUGCUCUCCGCGUUGGGAUUUAAGCUGUGAAUUCGGGAGGCAUUUGGAGGGGUCGGAAAGGAUCGUCUCAAUCGGUACGCGACAAUUAAACUUCUGCCUCGGAAGGAGCCAACUCGCUACUCUCAUUUAAAACGCAUUUCUUUCGAACUGCUUUCUGUGUUUCGUUUUGUUGUCCUCCCCCCCACCCCCGUACCUCCGAUUAUCACGGUUGGUUAGGCACGCUGCGAAAGAGGUUCGACGUAUAUACACAUACUGGAUGGCGUUUUAGGAUAGCGUGUUCGCAUUAACGGCACGGGACGGAUUGAACUGGAAGAAAAAAGAAACAGGAGCCUGCUGGCGUGCGCAGCGAGUGGUGCUCGCUUUGUGGUUUCAUCCACGCGGGGUAGAAACUUCGUUCAUUUAUAAAUCACAGAGGGAGGCAGGAAGGAAAGAACACGGAGCGAGAGAGGCCCCGCCUGGACAUGGAGGCCCCGGGGUCAGGUUGGACCCAGUCGAACGCGACUUCGUUUCUCAACGAGACAGCGGUGAGCGCGAACGGAACGAACAGGACGCAGGUCGACUACAGCAGUGACUUCUACAUCACCUUGCCCAUCAUCUACUCCGUCAUCUGCGCCAUCGGCUUGACGGGCAACACGGCUGUGAUCUACGUCAUCCUGCGCGCCCCUAAAAUGAAGACGGUGACCAACAUGUUCAUUCUCAACCUGGCCAUCGCGGACGAGCUCUUCACCCUGGUGCUGCCCAUCAACAUCGCCAACCACCUGCUGCAGGACUGGCCCUUCGGAAAGACCAUGUGCAAGGUCAUCCUCUCGAUCGACCAGUACAACAUGUUCACGAGCAUCUACUUCCUCACGGUCAUGAGCGCCGAUCGCUUCUUCGUGGUGACGGCGACGGUCAAAUCGGAGAACUUGCCCCGCAGGACCUACAGGAACGCCAAGCUGGUGAGCCGGGGCGUGUGGCUGCUCGUAUCCGUCGUCAUCCUCCCGUUCACCAUCUUCGCCAGCACGUACGUGGACGAGUUCGACAGGAAUCACUGCAGCCUCGACUUCCCCAAGCCGGAGUUCAACUGGCUCAAGGGCAGCCGCAUCUACACCCUCGUCUUCGGCUUCGCCAUCCCCGUCUCCACCAUCUGCAUCCUCUACACCACCAUGCUGUACAAGCUGAGAAACAUGAGGCUCAACACGAACGGCAAGGCGCUGGACAAAGCCAAGAGGAAGGUCACGAUCAUGGUGUUCAUCGUGCUGGCCGUGUGCCUCUUCUGCUGGACACCCUACCACCUGAGCACGGUCAUAGCCCUCACUGGGAACCUUCAGGAGACCCCUGUGGUGGUUGGCGUCUCCUACUUCAUCACGAGCCUCAGCUACGCCAACAGCUGCCUCAACCCGUUCCUGUACGCGUUCCUCGAUGUAAACUUUAGGAAUAACUUCCAGAAACUCCUGGAGUGUAAGGUAGCCUCCUGAAUCUAUACUUCGUAAACUCAAACGUGAUAUAUUUGCAUGCAGAUUAUAUUAUAAUAUAUUAUUUUAAACACAUGUAUUAUCAGCCUGUGAAAUUGUGAUUCUGGGCUCGAUAGAAUGCCAUGCUAAAAUAGGUUGACGCUUAAAGUUACGUUAUUUUAUUACAGUACUGAUAACGAUUUUAAAUAUAGAUCUCGCUUAUGUCGGAUUGUGUAAUGUGCGUUCAAUCCAUACAGCUGAAAAAGUACGGGCACAGUUACCAAGUCACCACGGAUAAAACAUAAAUAGUGUGCACUUGAAAAAUGCUCAUUUUGUUUCAUCGUGCACUGUAUUCUCAUAUAAUGUUGAGAAAUGUAAAGUUUUUGUUUCAAUAAAUACCAAUGGCUCCAUCA